CCAAAACAAAACCAGCUGAUAAUUCAACAAUCUUUGCGGAUAUCAAUAAAUAACAACAAAAUAAGUUUGUAUCUUUAACAUCGCUUGAAAGGAUUAUUGAUUAUUAUAAAGAUGUAAAUAAAAAAAAAUCAACCUGAUGGAGCCAGCUACAUUUGUAAUGAUCAGUCCAUUUGAAGACUUUUUGUAUUUAUUCAAUAGUGUGUUAUUAGGAGAAUCGUCAGUGGAAGAUAUAAUUCUCCUUGUGGGUACCUUGGUAGCAUUUGUGGCUUUCAUACUGUGGUGUUGCUUUCCUGUGACACGCAAAGAAUCCCCAGUACCCGGCUUGCAACCUUUGGACAAAAAUGCCAAAGAUGAAGGAAAGUACAAUCAGCUGACAUCAGAUUAUAUAUCUACCUAAACUUCUACCAACAAUAUGGGGGUAUCUAUGAGCAUUUAUUUUUUCCCGUAGCGUUUGCUGGCUAGCUAGAUGUUUAGAUAAAUAUUGAGUUGAAGAGUGUUCCUUAACACAAUAUAGAAUGUUUUGAUUUGUUUAACAACUAGUUUUUACUGAUAUCUUUAAAUAUGACUUAAAUUUUUCUGUCAGACAUCUCUAUAUGUUUUUCAAGGGCCAGUAUGAAUUAUAAAACUACAAUAUUGUAGUUGCUGUAAGUUUUGAGUUUAUUUAACAGAAUACACAAACAGCAGGCUGGAUGAAAUAUGGCAUAUUAUGGUAUGAUAAAAGUGAAUAAAUAAUAAUACUUAUUCAUACUUUUAAACAACUUUUAAGCAAGAUAAUCUUUGGAAUAGAUAUGAAGAGAUUAAUUUUAGAGUUUGACUAUUGCAAUAACAUAGGAAGGGUUUAUUCCAAAAACAGAAUCUGUCAAGAAAUGAGAAUAACCAUACAGUCAGGUUUUGGAACUGUUUUCUUUUGGUAUGUAUAAGAUAAACAUUGUAAAAAGGAAAAAAUUCCUCUCAUUGGCUGUAUACCAUAAUAAAAAAUUACUAAGGAAGUAAAACUUCUCUUGUAGGUAUGUAGAUGGUAUAUAAAUUUAUUAAAAUUUUUCUAAAAAGAUCCAAGUUGGAUUAAAGUGGGUACAUCACUAGUACAAAACACAAACGUUUUCGGACUAAUCAGUCCAUCAUCAGGUUGAAACUUCAG